AUGGCCACGUCCAGGAACGGUGUGACGGCCGCUGGCCUGUCGUUUUUGGCAACGUUUUUGGUCCUGUUGGCGUUCACGACGAAGAGCUGGUUGGUCACGGAUGGGAAAUUAAAGAACCCAGAGUUCGAAAGACUCGGUCUAUGGGUAGCAUGUUUUAAAGAUUUUGAGGACUCCCGUCAUUGGCACGACACAGGAUUCUAUAAUUGUUGGUGGGUGUUUGAAGAAGAAUAUUAUACUACCUCUGAUAUUAUAUUUAAAGAUUUUUAUGUUGCUACUCAGUUUUUCUUUACGUCUUGUGUUCUCUUAACAGUGUUUGGUUUAUUAUACACUACACUUUAUAUGCAUCUAAAUAGAGCUUAUGUAGGUUAUGUUCAAAUUCUAUUAUCAGCUGGAAUACUUAACAUAGCUGCAGCUAUAUGCAGUAAUAUUGCUCUGAUAAUAUUUGGAAUAUAUGGAGACAAUAGAGAAUGGAUGCCACAUUGUGAACACAAUGAUAUAGGAUGGAGCUAUGGAGUAGCAGUCGCAGGAACCAUUGCCCUUUAUGUCAGUGGAGUAUUGUAUAUAAUGGAACAACGUAUAUACAAUGUUAAACUCGAAAAAAUGGCUACUCAAAGGGCCAAUUACAACUCUGAAGCUAAUGACUUAUUACAAUCGUCUCACACUGCUGUAUAA